UAUGUAAGUUUUUGAGUGAGCAUUUUUUGUAAGUCAUCGUAAGAUAUAUAGUGAAAUUGUAUAAUAAUUAAAUAGCAAAUACAAUCGAAAAAUGUCUCAUAAGGGGUGGAUAGAAUCAGUGGUAGCAGAAACUGUAAAAACCAAUGGACUUCAUGGGGAAUACAGUGUUAAAAUUCAUGGCGAUGUUGCCAAAAGUGACCAUUUUGCUAGCGAUAUGACUUUCGUAGAAGUUUUUCAAAAAAACCAUAGGGAAAAGCCUAUAUUUAAUUUAAUACUAAAAUAUAUACCGCUAAACCCGGAAUUUAAAGAAAAACUUACGUUUGUAACUAAAUUGUUUAGGACAGAAAUCGAUGUUUAUACUAAAAUUAUUCCUAGGUACCAGAAGCUCCAAAAAGAAAGAAGUCUAUCCUUAUUGGACUUUGUACCAAAAUGUUAUUACACAAGAGAGACGGACAGUGAUGAAGUGCUGGCAUUAGAAAAUAUAAAACCUUAUGGGUUUCAGUUGCACCCCAAAGAAGUUAAAAUGGAUCAAGCACAUAUCCGAUUAGUGCUUAACCGUCUUGCUCAGUGGCAUGCAUUAUCUUUUUCCCUCAAGGAUCGGUAUUUUGAGGAAUUUAAAAAAUUACAUGAAAAUCAUAAAGUUAGCGUUUGGAAAACUGUGUUCGAUUCUCAUGUGGGAAAAAUAAUUGAAUACAGCCAUAAAAGUCUUUAUAAAAUCUUGGAGGAAACUGGACAAAUUGAAAUAUUAAAUAAAUUCAAAGCAAAUUGUAAAUGUUUGGACUCCAAAGACAUUAUUUAUUCCUUAAUCAAUGAAGAUAAAGAUGAGAAACACGCUGUUUUAAUACAUGGGGACUGCUGGAAUAGCAAUUUUAUGUUUCAAUAUAAGGACGAAGACCACAGCCAACCGACCAAGAUCCAAUUACUUGACUUCCAAGUAUCCUCCUUAAGGAGCCCAAUAAUCGACGUAUCCCAAUUUAUCUACACUACCGCAUCCGCUGAAGAACUCAAAAAUAUAAAAGCUCAUUUAACUUACUACUAUAAUGAGCUGUCAAAGUAUAUUGAGGCUCUGGGAAGUGAUCCUCAGGAAUUGUUCACACCAAAAGACUUUCAAGAGCAAUGGCAUAAGUAUAGUGCCCAUGGCGUUCUUAUUGGAUUAAUAGCACCAAUAUUUAUACAUUUAAACUCAGUUAGCCUGGAAAAUGAAACAGUUAUAUUAGAACUAUUACCUAAAAUGGUAGCCAAGCCGGAAUUUAUAAAGAGGGUCACUGAUAUAGCGAAAUGUUUUGCUACAUUUGAGUUUUAGAAAAAAAUUUAUGUGAGGUUGAAGAUAUAAAAUUAUUUUGAAAAUUAGUGGGUAAUGGUUAAAAAAAUCAAAAUCAGGUUUUAUUCGUAUUUCAGGAAUCUAAAUGUCACUAAAAUAGGCCUUAGAUAAAGCCACUAAAAGAAACGUAAAAAUGCCUGCGACUAAGUUAUUAAAUUAAGUUUCAAAUUAUAUACUAAUAUGAGUUCAAAAUUAUUAAUAACAUUGUUUCCUAAAUAAGGCAUACCAGGAAUCUUCCUGGUGCUUGUAUAAGAAUAAUUGAGACUUUUAGAGUAUUAUUAAGAGUAUUAGUGACCCUAUAAUUUGUUAUGGUCUCAUACAUUCAAGCAACUAUAUUAAAUAAAAAAAAAAUAUUUUAACAUUUGGCAAAUAAAAUGAAAAAUAUGUGUAUUAUUUUUUUUUCGACUAAUAAAUAAGAAAUAAUUAUUAGUUAAAUAAAUUAGUUUUUCAAAAUAAA